AUGUAUUCAUGCACAGCAUGGAUAUUUACUAAUUUGAUUUUUUCUUCUCUUAUUCCAUUUACUAAACAACAAUAUAAACCUGAGUGGUCUUCAUUAGACCAACGUCCAUUACCUGCAUGGUAUGAUGAGAGCAAAAUAGGAAUAUUUAUUCAUUGGGGUGUUUUCAGUGUUCCAUCUGUUUAUUCCGAAUGGAUGUGGUGGGCAUGGAAAGGAGAUAAUCCAAAUCCUGAUACAGUUGCUUUUAUGAAUAAAAAUUACCCACCGGAUUGGACAUAUGCAGAUUUUGCUUCACAAUUUCGUGCUGAAUUCUAUAAUCCCAAUGAGUGGGCUGAUAUUUUUGCUGCAUCUGGUGCCAAAUACGUUGUUCUNCCACCGGAUUGGACAUAUGCAGAUUUUGCUUCACAAUUUCGUGCUGAAUUCUAUAAUCCCAAUGAGUGGGCUGAUAUUUUUGCUGCAUCUGGUGCCAAAUACGUUGUUCUCACUAGCAAGCAUCAUGAAGGUUUCACAAUGUGGCCAUCAAAAUAUUCAUUCAACUGGAAUGCCAUGGACGUUGGCCCAAAACGCGAUUUACUCGGUGAUCUCGCAAAUGCUAUUCGAAAUCGAACUGAUAUUGUUUUUGGUCUAUAUCAUUCAAUGUUUGAAUGGUUUCAUCCUUUGUACCUUGAAGAUAAAAAAAAUGGUUUUAAAACACAAAUGUUUCCUUUUGGUAAAACAUUGCCCGAAUUAAAAGAAAUCGUUGAAACAUACAAACCAUCCGUGAUAUGGUCUGAUGGUGAUUGGGAGGCAUCCGAUGAGUAUUGGAAUUCGACAGGAUUCCUUGCAUGGCUUUACAAUGAAAGUCCUGUCAGAGAUACAGUAGUUGUUAAUGAUCGUUGGGGUAGUGGAAUUCCAUGUCAACAUGGCGGUUUUUACACAUGCGCCGAUCGAUACAAUCCAGGGCAUCUUGUUACACAUAAAUGGGAAGAUUGUUUCACAAUCGACAAGAGUUCAUGGGGUUAUGUUCGUACAUCAAGCGCAAAUGAUUAUCUUACAAUUGAAGAAAUUCUUGAUCAAAUUAUUACCACUGUGAGUACGGGAGGUAAUGUACUGAUCAAUGUUGGUCCAACAUCAUACGGAAAAAUUGCACCAAUAUUCGAAGAACGUCUCCGACAAAUGGGUUCAUGGUUAAAAGUGAAUGGCGAAGCUAUCUACAGUAGUAUUCCAUGGAAAUAUCAGAACGAUACUAUCAACAAAAAUGUUUGGUAUACAUCGUCGAAAGAUAAAGAAUUUGUUUAUGCAAGUCUUCUUGAUUGGUCAAAGAAUACGAGCGAAAUAUUGUUAGGCGCUCCGGUCAGUUCAUCGAGUACACGUGUAACACUUCUUGGUUCAGAUAUGGUUCCUCUAAAUUGGCAUCCCGCGAGCGCAAGUGGUGGUAUUAUCAUUGAUGUAUCAAAUGUAAAAAUCUAUUCGCUUGCAAGUGAUUGGGCAUGGGUUUUCAAAUUAGAAAACAUUAGUUAUGAUGUAUCUAAGGAAAAAUGA